AUCCUAGGCCACGGCUUCCGCGGCGACUACUACGCACGCUUUGUACCAUCCGAAUCUCCUGCGUGCCCGUGCGGAGAAGCCCCCAUCCAAACCCGCGACCACAUUCUCGCCGAUUGCCCGCUCUUCGAGCGCGGUCGGCACCACCUUCGCGCCGUAUCACCUUCCAUAUCCACGCCCGUCAUCCUCGGCACGACAUCUGGCCUCCAAGCCCUCGCGAAAUUCAUCGGCACCUCGAACGCAUUCGCCAAGUCCGCCCCGGAGCCCAACAAUCAGCCCCCAUAG